CCCACCCUGAGAGCGAGCAGACCUCAGAACGCCCGCCGGCAAAUGACUUAAACUUUUGAGAUGCUGCCGUUAAUUGGAAAGGCCAUCAUCUUUGAUAACUUUCCUGAUCCUUCUGAUACAUGGGAAAUCACUGAAACCAUUGGCAAAGGAACGUACGGGAAGGUUUUCAAAGUCCUGAAUAAGAAAAAUGGCCAGAAAGCAGCAGUCAAAAUUCUGGAUCCAAUCCACGAUAUUGAUGAAGAGAUUGAAGCAGAGUAUAACAUCUUAAGAACACUUUCUGACCACCCAAAUGUGGUCAGAUUCUAUGGGAUUUACUUUAAGAAGGACAAAGUAAAUGGAGAUAAGCUAUGGCUGGUUCUUGAGCUGUGCAAUGGAGGAUCUGUGACUGAUCUUGUGAAAGGAUUCCUGAAGAGGGGAGAAAGAAUGAGCGAGCCUAUAAUUGCAUAUAUUUUACAUGAAGCACUAAUGGGACUUCAGCACCUGCAUAGCAACAAAACUAUCCAUCGUGAUGUCAAAGGAAAUAACAUUCUGUUGACUACUGAAGGUGGAGUAAAACUAGUAGAUUUUGGUGUGUCUGCACAGCUCAGCAGCACCCAGCAUCGCCUGAACACCUCUGUAGGAACACCAUUUUGGAUGGCCCCUGAGGUGAUUGCAUGUGAACAACAAUUAGAUACCACGUACGAUGCUAGAUGUGACACAUGGUCCCUGGGUAUCACAGCUAUUGAGCUGGGUGAUGGAGAUCCCCCACUAGCUGAGCUGCAUCCCAUGAGAGCACUCUUCAAAAUACCAAGGAAUCCACCCCCUAAACUAAGGCAGCCUGAGCUAUGGUCAGCAGAGUUCAAUGACUUCAUUAGCAAAUGCUUGACCAAAGAUUAUGAAAAGCGUCCAACAGUGUCAGAUCUUUUGAAACAUAAAUUCAUCACUCAGAUUGAGGGCAAAGAUGUGAUGCUGCAAAAACAACUAAUGGAAUUCAUCGAUAUUCAUCAAUGCCUGGGAAGCACAGAGAAGGCCAGGCAUGAACGAAUUCAUACCAAGAAAGGUAACUUAAAUCUUAUUUCCAGUCUGAGGGAUGUAGAUGACCUAGCAACUCUAGAUGUUUUGGAUGAGAACACAGUGUCGGAACACCUUGAGAAGUGUUAUUCCAGAGAUCAAAUCUAUAUCUAUGUGGGAGAUAUACUCAUUGCACUUAACCCCUUUCAGAGUCUGGCUCUUUAUUCCACAAAGCUUUCUAAGUUAUAUAUUGGAGCAAAGAGAACUGCCAACCCACCUCACAUUUUUGCAAUGGCUGAUUUGGGAUACCAGUCUAUGGUCACGUAUAACUCAGACCAGUGCAUCGUUAUUUCUGGAGAAAGUGGUGCCGGGAAGACACAGAGUGCUCAUCUUCUGGUUCAACACCUCACCGUGCUUGGAAAGGCUAAUAACAGAACCCUGCAAGAGAAGAUUUUACAAGUGAACAAUUUGGUUGAAGCCUUUGGCAAUGCCUGCACUAUUAUAAAUGAUAAUUCCAGCAGAUUUGGAAAAUACUUAGAAAUGAAAUUUACCUCUUCAGGAGCUGUAGUGGGGGCACAGAUUUCUGAAUACCUUCUGGAAAGAUCUCGUGUCAUUCACCAAGCCAUUGGAGAAAAAAAUUUUCAUAUUUUUUACUACAUUUAUGCUGGGUUAGCAGAAAAGAAGAAACUAGCCCUUUACAAAUUGCCUGAAAAUAAGCCUCCAAGGUAUUUACAAAAUGACAACCUCAGAACAGUACAAGACAUGAUGAAUAAUUGUUUCUAUAAAUCCCAGUAUGAAUUAAUUGAACAAUGUUUCAAAGUCAUAGGUUUCACAAUGGAGCAACUUGGAAGCGUGUAUAGUGUGCUCGCCGCCAUCUUGAAUGUUGGAAACAUUGAAUUCUCCUCUGUGGCGACUGAAUACCAGAUGGACAAAAGCUACAUCUGCAACCACACAGCUCUAGAAAACUCUGCCUCUUUGCUUUGCAUUCAAGCGGAUGAGCUACAGGAAGCUCUUACUUCACACUGUGUGGUCACUAGAGGAGAAACCAUUAUACGACCCAACACAGUAGAGAAAGCUAGUGAUGUCCGAGAUGCCAUGGCUAAAACUUUAUAUGGACGUCUCUUCAGCUGGAUAGUCAACUGUAUUAACAGUUUGCUGAAGCGUGACACAUCAGCAAGUGGGAAUGAGGAGCUAAGCAUCGGCAUUCUUGAUAUAUUUGGCUUUGAAAAUUUCAAGAAAAAUUCCUUUGAACAGCUGUGCAUUAACAUCGCAAAUGAACAGAUCCAAUAUUAUUUUAAUCAGCACGUGUUUGCAUGGGAACAGAAUGAAUACCUAAAUGAGGAUGUGGAUGCUAGAGUUAUUGAAUAUGAAGACAACCGGCCUCUCCUAGACAUGUUUCUGCAGAAACCAAUGGGUUUAUUGUCCUUGCUUGAUGAGGAAAGCAGAUUUCCUAAGGCCACUGAUCAGACCCUCAUUGAAAAGUUUGAAGACAACCUGAAAUCACAGUACUUCUGGAGACCCAAGAGAAUGGAGCUGAGUUUUGGGAUUCACCACUAUGCGGGAAAAGUCCUCUAUAGUGCUAGUGGGUUCUUGGCUAAAAACAGAGACACUCUCCCAACGGAUAUCGUGUUGCUUUUGAGGUCUUCAGAAAACAGUGUAAUUCAGCAACUUGUCAACCACCCACUAACCAAAACAGGUAAUCUGCCAUUUUCUAAAACUAAAACUAUAAUAAACUAUCAGAUGAGGAAUUCAGAAAAAUCCACAAACCUGACCAAGGGUGAAACUAGAGAAGUCACACGCCAUGCCUGUGAAACCACCAACAUGAGAACGCAAACAGUCGCAUCAUAUUUUAGAUAUUCCUUGAUGGAUUUGUUAUCUAAAAUGGUGGUGGGACAACCUCAUUUUGUCCGUUGUAUCAAGCCAAAUAAUGAGCGACAGGCAAGAAAAUAUGACAAAGAGAAAGUUCUGCUACAGCUGCGUUGCACAGGGAUUUUGGAAACAGCAAGAAUUCGAAGGCUUGGUUACUCACAUCGGAUACUGUUUGCUAACUUUAUAAAGAGGUAUUACGUUCUCUGCUACAAAUGGAGUGAAGAGCCCCCAGUGAGCCCAGACACCUGCGCUGCCAUUUUGGAAAAGGCUGGUCUUGAUAACUGGGCUCUUGGAAAAACAAAAGUGUUUCUUAAGUAUUACCACGUGGAACAGUUGAAUCUAAUGAGAAAGGAAGCUAUUGACAAGCUUGUUUUGAUUCAAGCCUGUGUCAGAGCAUUCUUGGGUUCAAGAAGAUACAAAAAGCUACAGCAGAAGAGGAAAGACAGUGCUUUAAUAAUACAGUUAGCUGCAAGAAGACACCUCAUGAAAAAACAAGGAAAAGAAACUGCUAAUGUGAAAAAUGCAGCAGUCAUGAACAUUCAGACUAAUGAGCAGGAAUUUGACUACAAGAAAAACUUUAAAACUAAACGAAGCUCUUAUUUAUCCAAAGGAAAACAUUUUAUAGUUUCUGAAAUUCAAAACGUAUUUAUGAUCACCUUUCUUACAGGUGUCUCUAAAGGAGAAGAGCCAAAAAUAUUGAGACCUCCAAGACGACCCCGGAAACCCAAAACAUUAAAUAACCCUGAAGACUCUACAUACUACUAUCUACUCCAUAAGUCAAUCCAAGAAGAAAAACGAAGACCAAGAAAAGAUAGUCAGGGAAAAUUACUAGGUUUGGAAGAUUUCUAUUAUAAGGAAUUUUUGCCCACUUAUUCUGGACCAAAGGAACAUAGCUCUCAUAUAAGAGAAGAGAGAGAAAAGAAGGAGCUCCAGGAUCAAUGCACUGACAAUAAUGAAAGGUGCUGGACCGCGGCGGAGAGUCGGGAGGAAGACCGCGGGAUCUCAGCCAGCCCCUACGACUACAGAAGGCUCCUGCGCAAAACCUCCCAGCGCCGGCGCCUGGUGCAGCUCUAGCACACCUACCGAGCUUCGGAGAGUGUGGGACCAAAGCAACAGGGCGUACGCGGAAGCCAAGGGCGCUGAAGCCUCCGAUGGCCUGACAGAUCUUGAGGUCCAGAUCUAGCAGAAUCUUAACCCUUUGGAUAGUUGCAAAUACUGGUCCUCGGACGUCCCCCACCCGCCUGUCACACCACCCCCAUUCACCUAAUGUAUCCCCUUAUUCAGCUGUUCGUGAUUUGGGGCACCCACUGUGCCAGAGCUGUCACCAUCCCUUUGCUCGUUUUAAAAUGAUUUAAGAGAUUUCUUCUUUCUCAAAAUGGCUUUCCCGGGACCAAAUGUCAGUCUCUGUUGGUUGGGUACGCCAGAACAUAGGCAAGGUGGGAGUGGAGCGAACUUCAAAGGUGAGCUCACCUCGAACUUGACUUUUCUCCUCUCUAGAUUAUUAAUAAUACUGAAUAAAGUAAGCA